AUGUCGCCCAAUCUACUUCAAAAACUUCACUUGACCAAGGCCAACCAAAACGUGACAGUUAACUCUCUCCACAACAUUGAAACCAUGGAGAACAUCUCGCAACAGCACCAGCCAAUUGUGACACCCCAAGACCAGAUGUUGGCUCAAUCGCAGGCCCAGGCCCAGGCACAAGCCCAGGCUCAGGCUGAACACGAGCUACAACAGCAGAGAGCUCAAGAAGCUAUCGAGAGGUCGCUUCUUCCUCAAAGAUCGACCGUAAGUAAGGGCAAGUAUUCAUUGACAGAUUUCCACAUAAUGAGAACAUUGGGAACAGGAUCGUUUGGACGAGUCCAUUUGGUCCGGUCUGUGCACAAUGGCAGAUAUUACGCUAUAAAAGUGUUGAAAAAGCAUCAAGUGGUUAGAAUGAAGCAGGUGGAACACACAAACGAUGAAAGAAGAAUGCUUAAAUUGGUUGAACAUCCUUUUUUGAUUCGGAUGUGGGGAACGUUCCAGGACUCUAAAAACUUAUUCAUGGUGAUGGACUAUAUUGAAGGUGGUGAGCUCUUUAGCUUGUUACGGAAAUCUCAACGGUUCCCCAACCCAGUAGCCAAGUUUUACGCUGCUGAAGUGAUAUUGGCAUUGGAAUACUUGCACACCCACGACAUCAUUUACCGUGAUUUGAAACCUGAAAACAUAUUAUUGGACAGAAAUGGACAUGUCAAAAUCACCGAUUUUGGGUUUGCCAAAGAAGUCAGCACUGUUACCUGGACUUUGUGUGGAACCCCUGACUAUAUCGCCCCAGAGGUUAUCACUACCAAGCCCUACAACAAGUCGGUGGACUGGUGGUCGUUGGGAGUGUUGAUCUUUGAAAUGUUGGCUGGUUACACUCCAUUCUACGACACCACCCCCAUGAAAACUUAUGAAAAGAUUUUGUCCGGUAAGAUUCAUUUCCCUAGCUACUUUCAUCCUGAUGUUAUUGACUUGUUGACCAAACUCAUCACUGCUGAUUUGACCCGAAGGCUAGGAAACUUGCGUAAUGGACCCGCCGAUAUCAGAAACCAUCCAUGGUUCCAGGAAGUUGUGUGGGAGAAAUUGCUCGCCAAAGACAUCGAAACGCCGUAUGAGCCUCCUAUUACUGCCGGUGUGGGAGACUCAUCGUUAUUCGACCACUACCCAGAAGAACAGUUGGACUACGGCUCGGUAGGCGAAGAUCCUUACGCUCUGUACUUUACCGAGUUCUAA